UAGCCGCAGCCAACCUGGAAAGGGAGUGGGGGGGCCGUCCUACUCCCGGGGCCCGGCACCACGAGGCGGGCGCACUGGGCUGGGUACGCAGCGAGCGGGGUCGCCCUGGGCUCCACAACCGCCACCGCCCGUCCUGCGGCUGGAGGGCUUCCAGGGCAGAGGCGCAGCGACGCUCGCCUCUGCGCUCGCUCAGCGCUCCUCCAGCUUUUCCUCCUUCUGCUCCUCGCGCUCCUCCUACUCUUCCCCGUGCCCUCAGCUGCCUUUUCUGCAGCCGGCUCCUCCUUUCCCUCCCUCCCCCUCCUCUCGCUCUUUACCCGCUAACUUUCCCGAGCCCCGGCCGGCGGCGCAGAGCUCCGCGGCAGCUUAGGGCCCACUGCAGACCGCGGACCGCCAGCGCGCCUGUGUCGGUGUCCCAUCCCCGCGCCCCUGGCGCGCUCCGGAGAGAAUCGAACGAUGCUCGGGGCUGGGGACCGAGGCGCAGCCCGGGCGAGAUGGCUGGGCACUGGGCUUUUGGGUCUCUUCUUGCUUCCCGUGUCCCUGUCGUUGGAGGUGUCUGUGGGAAAAGCCAACACCAUCUACGCUGUCAACAGCACGGAGAUCCUGCUGCCCUGCACCUUCUCCAGCUGCUUUGGCUUCCGUGACCUUGGCUUCUGGUGGUCCUACAACGGCAGUGAUACAUUCAAGAUUCUCAUAAACGGGACUGUGAAGAAUGAGAAGUCUGACCCCAGGGUGCAUUUGAAAAAUGAUGACCGCAUCACUCUGGCGGGCUCCACUAAGGAGAAGAUGAACAACAUUUCCAUUCUGCUGAAGGACGUGGAUUUCAGCGACACGGGCAAAUACACCUGUUAUGUGAAGAAUCCCAAGGAGAAAGAUCUUCAGCACCAUGCCACCAUCUUCCUCCAAGUGGUCGAUAAACUGGAAGAAGUGGACAACACAGUGACAGUCAUCAUCCUGGCUGUUGUGGGCGGGGUCAUUGGGCUCCUCAUCUUCAUCCUGCUGCUCAAGAAGCUCAUCACCUUCAUCCUCAAGAAGACUCAGGAGAAAAAGAAGGAGUGCCUUGUAAGUUCCUCAGGAAACGACAAUACGGAGAAUGGGUUGCCGGGCUCCAAGGCGGAAGAGAAACCACCAACAAAAGUGUGAGCCCCUGCUUGGGGCCAAGCAGCCACAGGGAGCCUCACUUUCUGAUGAUGAAACUGAUGCUUGAGCCGUGUCUGUGAACCCAUGUGCCUGAAACAUCUGCUGCUUGGCUCAAACUGUAGUCUUUCUCGGUAGGGAGAAACUAGGGUCUUGUCCAGCCUGCCCCACCCCCUCCCCAGCCAGGGCUCCCCAGGGAUAAGAACUGGUGAGGGGAGGGGGCCUGUGGAAGUUUCAGGGAAGAAAAGGAGGGGCUCAGGUGGUGUGGAGGGCUGGUCCCCGAACACCCAGGUUGGUGGAUCUUCUUAAGUCUCCCCAUCCUAUACGAGCAAUACCUUGGUUUUCCUUCAGAUUUCUCUUCAAGAGAGACUUGGUGGAUCAGUGAGGGCUGCCCAAGUAACUGGACUCUGUGUGCGGAGAAUUAACCCUUUUGAUGGUAGGAGUGGCCUAGAGGACUGUAUACAGAAUCUUGGGAGGGGAGACGGCUGGCGGGGAGCCUACAGUGAAAGAUUUUGAUAGAUUCCUGACCCCUCAUGUUUCUCUUGUGAGGCACUUCUCUUCCCCCCUCAUCUCAGGGUGCCUGACUGCCUUGGGCCCACAACCCAUGCUCCCCCAACCCCUGCUGCUCUGAGUCUCUGAACGCUUCUAACUAGGGCUAGCUGCCUUGGUCUUAAGGAGUCUUGGUCCACCGAGCCUGCUCCUCUGAUCUCUGGGUUCCUGAGGGGCUCGGGAAGGGGUCCCUCAAGCCUUCCUGGAGCACUGGGGUGCUGCAUAUGCCUUCCCUAGCAUUUCAGGAUGACAGAUAUUGGAGAACCAGUGUCCUGGGUUUCUCAGCCACUGGAAUGCCCACCCUAGCCCUGCCAAUGCUGGCCACCCUUCUCCUUGGUAUGGCAGGACCAUUGCCACUCCUGGGAACUCCCAAACCUGGCUCUGCCCUGCUCUUUUUCUGAAGCAACAGGUGGCAUCAUCUUCCCAUUGGCUUGUUCGCCCCACGCCCCCCCACCACAGCUUCUCCCCUGACUCAGGGUUGCUCGUCUCCAAGCCUGGGCCAAGGGCUUGCCUUCACCUCAGGGAUCCUCUUCCUUUGGAUGAAAGCGCCCCUGGGUUUUCCAGCUGCUUUCUGCUCAGCUGUGCUCCCCUCUGCCCCCCGGCCACCAGGGUUGGGGAGGAGUAGGGAGAAAAUGCCAACAGUUUUCCUUUGCUUUUCCAAGAACUGGUUUGCACACCCCUAUGUGUGGGGCUAGACCAUGCCUUAGCUCCCAGGUUCUAGCUCAUCCCUUCCCUCCUGUCUCCAGCCCAUACAUAGCAGUGAACUCUGGUGUGGCACUGGUGAAGGAACGGCCCCCACCCAGGGUCAUGCAGGAGACCAGGGGGCUGGAGUUGUGUCACCAGUGGUCCCUUGGCCAGUGACUGAGUCUUGGUGACAUCUGCCAAGUGCUCCCAUGGGGGCCCAUGACAAGGGAUGUAGUGGUAUUUUCCCUGGGAAGGGGCGUGAGGGAUGGCAUGGAGAGGUAAUAAUGCAGAUUCUUCACCAUCUGCUCACACUCCCUCACUCUCAUAGAAUUUCUGAGACACUGUUCUCUGGGCCCCUGGGAGGGAUGGGAGGGGAGUAGCCCCCUUUUCCAGAGUGUAUGUGGACCUCAGGACUCUCCCUGCUAAAAAACAGCAGCAAGCUUCCCCCAGGUUGGAGUUGGGGGGAGACUGAGGAAAAGCAGCCCCUGCAGAGUGCCAUGGCUGUGGCCUGUGGCCUCUGCCGAACCUGACGUGCUCACAGGUUCACACUCUGAUCUGCCUCUGUCCCUCUUGUCCUUCUCCACACAGAAGUCAUCCUGGGCUCGGGUUCAGAUUUUCCUGGCUUUCGGAAUAGACAGACCAGAGCCACCAGCCAUUUGGAAAACUUUUUAUUAGUUGCCAUCAUGCAAAACUGCUUUCUUCCUUCUUAGCUUCUACGUUUGGUCGGGCAGUGUCUUGCGCUUCUCUUACAGAGGAGAGAUAUACAUGAGAGCGGGCCCAGGCAUACAGAGUGGGGAGAGGAAAAAUUUCAUCCUCUUCACUCCUGGGUCUAUUGCUGACUAAGAUGUGGGUCAUGUACCUUCUCUGGUCUUAGUUUUUCCCAUCUAUAAAAUGGGUGUAAUAAUACUUACCUACCUCACAGGACUGUUGUGAGGCUUGGCAAGUUUUUAUUUAAAAAAUCUUUGGGGUUGUGAAGGAAUCUAGGAGGCCAGGUAUUAUAAUCUGUGAAAUUGAUCCAAGUCCAUGCUGUCCUCUUCUCUGUGUCCCAUCCCUAUAACUCUCUCUCUCUGUCUCUCCCCACCUCUCUUUCUUAAAAUUAUUUUAGUCUUUGUAAUGUUAGAAACCUUGGCUCUGAUGCUUAAAGCUUCUCGUCUACAGGUUUUGGUUGGUGGUUUUUAAUAGAGGCGAUUGGGACUGUAGGGGACACGUGUGAUUGCUCCAAUGCCUGGGAUUAUCCACUGGCGUUUUGUGAGUGGGGACUAAGAAUAUUAAAUUCAUUCCCCAAAACAAAAGAUUGUUUUGUCCCAAUGCUGGCAUACCCACAGAGAAACACUGGCAUGGAUUUGCAGUAGAACGUAUAUGGACAAAGCCAUCUUCCCACGCAGACUCAGUGUGUGCCAGUCUCCGAGGCGAUCUCCAGGGGCUGGCAAGUGUGUUUCCAGGACUUGUGGGCUAGAGAGAGCCAUUUACAAAGUGGAUCUUAGAGCCCUGGAUGCAUGCAGCUGUGCUGACAAUAGUCAGUGAGACCAAAGACAAAGUCUUUCUCAGCUCCCAAUCCUUGACCUCAAAAUAGGGCUUCAGCAUUCCGGGCCUUGGGUUUCUCCCCACGUAGGAACUGAGUAGAAGGCAACCAGAAUGAAACUAUGAUUCUAUAGAGAUAUAGGAGAGGAGCCAAUGGAGCUCAGACUUUUCACAUCUGUCUGGCUGACCAGAACUGGAGGUGAAGUGAGGGUGUGAGAGCAUGCUCCUGAGAUGGUGGCAGGUGAGGGUGUGCAUGUGUAGAUUGGGCACAGAGUGUGCACGUGGAAAUGCACGACUGUGGAGUGGGUAGGCUGUUCAUAGAGAGGGGAUGUAUGGAGGUGUGUGUAAAGGCUAAGUGUGCCCGAGAUGGGGAGACUGUGCAUUUCAGGAGCUAUCUUUCCUGGCUUGAGUGAGCUAUACCUGUUGGAGCACCUGGAGGCACAGAAAGGAUAAGAGACAGAGGGGAAGACCAGUCAUGCUCCUGGGGUCCAUAACUUUAUGACUCCAUUUCACUGUUACAGACAGCUACCAUCGGAGUGCUAGCAGGAGGGGGUGCAAGAAGUGGGACUUCUUGGGAAAAUCCUAUAGCUUGCUUCACUUUACUUUCUCCCAGGUUGGAGUCCCUACCUACCCACCUCCCACCUGAUAUGCAGUGCUUUUGACUAUCUUAUGCAUGGUUUAUUCCUCUGGCUUGAAUGACAACAAUGCCCAUAGUCAAUUUCCUAUAUAACUAUAGAUCAAAAUGUUGUAGCAGGAGGCCAUGGGAGGCCUCAGGCUGAGGUGUCUCCAGUAGGUGCAGCUGUACCCACUCUUAGCAUUGACUUGUGUUCAAGCACAGAAUGAGUGUGAUCAGACUGUCUUGCCUUUACAACAUAUUUUGCAUUGUAAAAUUUUAUUUAGCUUUGCCUUGGAUUAAAUAAAAAUU